AUGCUGCCGAUAAAACCGUUUUAUUACUUUUCGAAACUUUUUGGCCUCUGCCCGUAUGCGCUGGAUGGGGUGACGAAGAGCCAGCCGGGAAAAACCCGCUUCAGCCAGAUCGGGCAUCUGUUGCCCACGUUCACGGUGCUGUUAUUCUACAACUUUUCCAUGGCGAGCAUCAUGUGGCGGAGCGGAAACGCAUCGAAUAUCUCCAACGCUGCCAACUGGAUUCAGCUUGUCCCAAACUCGUUCGCGUACCUAUCCGGCCUAAUCUACGCCUUUCGUAAUCGGAAGAUUGCUUCGGAUAUUCUGGCCACCUUCGCGCUGUGCGACGAGAAGCUAUGCAACAAAUUUGGAAUCUGCUUCGUUGAACCAAACCAAAAAGUAAGGCGCGCCUCCGUCGUAGCGUGUUUGGCGACUGUCAUCUGUGGCGGUGCACUAAGUGGUUUGAAUUUUAUGAUUGGCGUUGAUUGGUUCGAAUUUUGGACGCUCUUCUACUGGAUCGUAUUCUGCAUGCCGAAGGUCGCUCAGUUGCUUUUCAGCUUCCAGUUCGCUGGCAGCAUAAUACUUCUGUCCAACCGAACGAUGCUGCUGCUGAAAGGGAUGAACAAUUAUCUAGAUGAAAUCGACCAGCAACGGCAGUGGAACUCGCUAGCUCUGAUCAAUUUCAGCAACCAGGACCCGGUGAGCUAUCGGAAGGCCACCCCUGCUACGACCCGGGCCAGCAACAUCAAGGUACGUCCGCUGUACCCUCCUUCGGAUGCCACCGAAAACUUCCGUCAAGUGGCCGAGUACCUGCAGCAGCUGGCAACCAAGAUAAACGACUGCUUCGGGAAGCAGGCCAUAUUUUCGCUCCUGUCGGCGUUCAUCUGCAUCACGGUGCAGCUGUACUACCUGCUGAACCAAAUCCGGGCCGGGUUCAGCCAGCCGGGGGCAGUGAUUCACGGAAUGGCAGCCGGUAGUAUGCUACUGCUGCACGGGGUCGAGCUUUGGGUUUUGCUAACCAGUGGCGAACAGGCCCGGAACAAGUGGAGAAAGUUGAUUAAUUUUCUGAUUCUGACCAAGGCCACAUCCAACGACGACAGCUUUCGGGGCAAGAUCGACGAUUUGGUUUCGUUCAUGACCUGUAAUCCGCCCGAGUUUCAUGCGUAUGGAUUUUUUCCUAUUGAUUUUUCCAUUCUAACGGGGAUGACCGCAGCUAUUACUACAUAUCUGAUUGUUCUAAUUCAGUUCAAAAUAGCUGAGGAAGAGUCGGGCAAACCGAGAACGGAAACCGACCGGGUAGGUAGCAGCUCACAGUUUGCCCCCUAUCAAGGCUUUUUAAAACCAAUUAGUCAGAAACAGUAGAAAUAUACGGGAAAGAGAUUACUAAUAUGGACAAAGUAGGAAAGAUGGACAUUUUGUGUUUCUUAAAAACUAUUAAAGUCAAUAAAUGGUUCUAAGCACAGUUGACCAUGUUUGUUUCGAAUAAACUGGAAAACUGGAUUCUCAUAACACGAAAGCUAGUAAAGGGUGUACUGAAUCAAAUUGCAGCUCAAGAAAAAGUUUAUCAAA